AUGGCUCCAGUAAAAUUCGGUUUAUUUAAGGCGCGAAGCCGGGACCAACAAGAGCAGCCAUCUACAGAAAACUUGCUGAAAUCAAGCCAUAGUAUUGAUCAAGCAGGCACACCUGGCUCGCCAAUCCCUUCUACUAGCAAAGGAAUAGUCGACGAUUUAUCACCAUUAGACUUCGCUAUACUAAACUUGGAUGAUGAUGAUGAUGAUUUAUCCGACGCAAAACCAACUCGAAGACGAGGUAGUGAUUGCAGUCAAAUCGAUCAAACGCAGAUAAACUACCGUCAACUACAGAACCCAUCGCUUACGUCAACAUCUACUUUAGACGAUCUAGACCAAAUACACAUUUACGACGACCCCGCUACACAAUAUGACGGUGCAUCCACAUCAUACGACGCAAACUCGUCACAAUUCGACAUGAACUCGUCACAAUUUGACAUAAACGCGUCAGAAUAUGACGUUAACUCGUCACAGUUUGACAUUAACUCGCAGUUUGACGAGUCAUCGAUUGCGCCUAGCGAGGAUCUGUCAGUUUAUUGCGCUAUGUUGAAGAAGCCGAAGAAAAGUCGAUCGAAAGAACAACAGUUGCGCGAUACUGAUAUGUGGCAAGCGAGUAAUAUUGAAGUUAUGCAGAACCUCCUAAACAGAAGCGGGACGCUCGAUGAACAAAUCAAAUGGGAAGCGAUUGCCACCGCCCGGGGACUAUGUACUCUCACAGAUAGUUGUACGUGCGACGAUUGUACGGGGGCGAAGUACCUGGCCGGAGUUACAGACGGAGAUGGAGGCCUAGGGGCUGCUCCCUUGUUCAGCGCUAUCAGUGUUGGCUGCCAGAUACAGUAGUUAAGAUCUGAUUGAAAUUGCAGUCAAAAUAAUAUGGGAAAAGAGGAAG